AUUACCUCCGGUGUGAAGCUGAAAAGAAGAAGAGCAGUAUUUAUUUCCAAUUCCUACUGUGCAGAUGUUUCACUCAUUUAUACAAGCCACACAACUUGUACGAGUUGGUGAGAAUUUCCUGUACGGGUACCCCAACGUUUAUUUUUGAGAAACGAAAUUAACUUUAAACAAAUCAAGGUGUAUGACAAGUAAGUCGUUUUAAGAGUCAAAUAGUGUCCCAAGGUUGGAACAAACACCCCCCCACACACACUGCUUGCAUCCCUUUCUACCCAAGCUAUUUCUUCUGCAUUUACCUCCUGUCUUAGCUCAGGCUGCUGGUAGACAGAGUGGCUCCAACAACAAAUGUUUGUUUUUCACAGCUCUGGAGGCUGGGAAGUCUGUGAUCAAGGCAUUGGCAGAUCCCGGGUCUGGUGAGGGCCCGCUUCCUGGAGUGGAGACGGCUGUCCUCAUGCUGAGUCCUCACGUGGCUGACAGCAGACAGUGAGCUCGCAUGUCUCUUCCUGCGAGGGCACUAAGCCCAUCAUGACGGCUCGAGCCUCAUGACCUGAUCCCCUCCCAAAGGUCCCACUUCCUAAUACCAUCACGUCAGGGGUUAAGAUUUCAACACAUGAAUUUUGGGAGAUAUAAACUUUUAGUCCACAACCCCUCUGUGUCUCUAAGCAUUAUGUGUACGCUGAAAUCUCUGGACUUAUCAAUUUAAGACUUGAUCUUUGAGCUUUCUUUUACGAUAUAUCAAGUUUUUCACUUAUUUACACCCCUCCUUGAUCUUCUUCCUGCCUCCCCAAAUAAUAUCCCAAUUUUGGUUAAAUCUACAUACAGGUUUUCUUUAUUAUAACUUCAGAUUUUUUGGUACAAUUUUGUUUAUUCUAGAGUAUUUAAUAACUGCUUACGCUUUGGUACACCUUCCAACAUGCUUUUCUGUGCCAGCUUCCACAAGGCCAGGCCUGUCGGAUGGUUUAUCAGUCCUCCUUCCUCCCUGAAGAUGAUGUUCUGGAACCCUCUGACACCGGCCCCAUCAUGCAGUACCCUCCAGACUGCUACAUGGUUCUGGUCCACGGUUCCUUUACUCACUCCCGUGAUGGAGUUCAUUCUUCCUGGAUCCUGCCGCUUUAUCUUUUUGUUUCCUACCUAGUCUUAGUGUAGUUCAUUCUCUUGUAAUAGCCGCAGAUGCCUUAUUCUCUUCUCAUGUUCAGUUCACUGUCUGCUUGAGUAUAGACUCCUAGUUUUGAAAUUAUCUUUACCUGGGAUUUCGAAGGCAUUUUUCCUACUGCAUUCUGGUUUCCAUGCUGCUAUUGAGAAGUCUGAUGCCAUUCAGAUUUUUGAUCCUGUUUUAUGACCUAAUUUUCCUCUCUCUGAAAGCUUUUAUCCUUGGUGUUCGGAAAUGUCAUGAAAGUAUGCCUUUGUUCUUUUACUGUUUGGAAACUUGGUGUGGCCCUCAGUCUGAAGGCUUGUGCCCUUUGGUUUUGGGAAAGUUUCUGGUAUUAUUUCUUUGAUAAUUUUAUUCUCUUGGUUUUCUCUGUGUUCUCAUUCUGAAACUCCCUAUUUGUCAGAUGUCAGAUCUCCUGGCUUCAUUACCUAACUCUAAUUGGGAAAAACCCCUAUGGUCCAUUUCCUUGACUUUCUGUUCUGCUUUCUGGGAAACUCCCUUAGCUUUAUUUUCCGGUGCUUCUCCUGACUUCGAUUUAUGGGAUUGUAUUUCUAACAUGUGGGCAUUCCCGCCUCGGAUUGUUUCUUGCUUCGUCCAUGCCAUGCCUUUCCUCAUCUUACAGAAAUCUUUGGGGUUUUCUUCUCUUUGCAAAGUGUGCAAAGUGUGCACUUACACUAGAUAAUCCCAAACAGUUUCGUGUCUUUAAACAAUAAACGUUUCCUAUCUCACGGUUUCUGUGGGCCAGGAAUCUGGUGGGACCCAGCUCGGUGGCUCCAGCCCAGGGUCUCUCAUGAGUUUGCAGUCACCGUGUCAAGCAAGGCUGGAGUGACUUAAGGCACUGAUGGAGAGAAAGGAUGGGCUUCGGAGCUCAGCCACGUCGUUGACGGCUGGAGGCCUCUAUUCCUCAUCACAUGGGGCUCUCCAUCUGGCUGCUUGACAUGACAGUUGGCUUCCUCCAAAGUGAGUGAUCUGGGGGCUGCGGAGGGAGGGGGGGAAAGAGAGAGAAUGAGAGAGAGAGAGAGCGAGCGAGAGCACGAGCACUAAGAUGGAAGCUAUGGUGUUUUUUAUCACCUAAUCUCAGAGGAAUGUAUUAUCUGCUUUGGCACAUUCUAUCAGUCAUGCAGACCAAACUUAGUAGAGGUUGGGGACCACACAGAGCUGGAGUACCAGGAGGCAGCCGACCUGGAGGACACCAACUACCACAGCACUUUCUCUGAAUUUCACCCAUUUGUUGUUUUGGUUUCUGUUGUUCAUCCUGCAGACUUUUCUCAAGUAUCCAGUGAUCUCUGUCUGUUCCAUCGUAUUUAAGAGUGAAGCGUGCAAGCUGAUUGGAGGCUCCGUGUAUGUGCCUAUGUGGGGAGUGUGUAGACUGUCUCUUUUUGGGUUCCCCCCAAACUGAGGAUUUGAGGGCAAGCAGUUCAUCUGGGAAGUGAGGGAAACCCCAGUAGCGUAGUGGGUUGUGGAACACAGAAGGGAAGGCCAACAAGAAAGCCAACUAUUACAGUGUGUGUUUGGAACUUGAUCCUGCAGAGAACUUGGAUAAAUGGUACAAAACACACUCCUCAGAAUUCCACGUGCAUGGUGAUGGCGCUCGGCUAUGCCCUGAUGUUUCUGAACCAUUGAUGGAGCACCCUAGGGGAGGCGAGGGGAAAUGUCAGGCACUGUCCAUCUGCUACAAGAGCACAGAGCAGUCUUCUGAGGUUUUAGGGACUCUCCAGGCAUGAGAGGCAGGCGCCACUGUCAGAGUCUAACAGUAAUCUGCAGCAGCUAAGGUCUAAGGCAUCGGGCGAGCAUGGACAUUGGCCGUGGGCUUUACUGCUGGAUAAAGGGUGGACAACUUGCUUUUCAGUUUGACUGCCAAACGUUAGGAUAUGUGUAGGUCUUUUCUCUGGAGGAGAUUUCGGUCUCUCCAGAGAAGGAGCCUCUCAUUACUUGCUUAGGGUGGGGUUUAGGUCUGGCUUCUGUGUUCUGAAGCUGGCAGGGGAGGCUGGCUAGGUGGGGCUGUCACCCUCCGUAUGGACACUUCUAUUCAGUCCUCCCCUGCUCAGCAUUGGGCCUGACCCCAUCCUCUGUGAGCUGACAUCCCUGAGUCUGGGUGUCUCUUGUUCACUCCCCCAAGAAUGAGCCUCAGGUCACCCUGGGGGCUGGCACCUCAGGAUAUGGAGUGUGGGCAGCGUCCACGUGCCUCCUUUGGACUUGCAGCAUCUGUGCCUCACCUUGGCCUUCAAAGUAUUCAAUUUUCAUGAUGCUGGGUAAGUUCUUUGGGGGCACACCAGCGAGGUGCUACCCCGGCCCCACCCUGCAGGUCACCAGCUUUGUCCCUGUCCCUCGCCAGCUCACCCGGCGCCCUUCUCUAUGCCUCCCGAUAUCCUCAUGGCUGGGGCCUCCCUAUCUCUCGUUCGGUGUGUUUCUGCUUCUCCAUCCCCUUGUUUAGGAGGCUGUUGACAGAGAAGGGAUCAGAAAAGUCUCAUUCCCCCGUUUCAAAUCGCCGUUGCUAACCAAAGCCUUUUCGGUCUUUGGGAACUUGCGGUGAAGCUUCCCGCAGGAAGGUGGUUGUCAAGAAGACAUAAAGAAGCUGCUGGAUUAGUCAACACAGAAUUAGACCCGCCUCUUCUGCGCUAACGAACCCAGACAUCCCAUGGCUUUUCCCAAUCACGGCUUGUUCCUCACUCACGCUAAAAGCGAUUUGGGCUGCGCUGCCCUCCUCCGUCCUGUGGGGACGGCAUCUUGAGUGCCAUUCAGCAGUGGCCGUAGCGGGCUGUACCGGGGAGUCACGGUGGUACGAGGGACACGAACGGAACUGCCCAGCCCAUCGGCCACGUGGCUGCAACCCACCGCGGGGGAGGCUGGGAAACCACGAUGCCGCAUGCGUGUUUGGAGAGCACAUGGUUCCGCCCUGCCGCGAGGGUGGCUGGGAAAUCAGGACGACGCAUGCGCGCUUGGAGAAACACAAGACUCCGCCCCAGCGAGAGGGAGACUGGGAAAUCACCGUGACGCAUGCGUUUUUGGGGAAUCGGCCGAGAGCACGCCGGUGCCCCGCGAGUCGUGUCACCGCUUCCGGGGUGCCCUGGAGCCCCAGAAUGAGGAAGUGCGCGGACUUGGAGGAGGGGGACGGCUAGUGCUGCAGAGCUCGUUGGGAUCUUCGGACAUACGCCCCUUUCACGGCCUCCGCGGUGGGGCUGCCCCUGGUGUCGUUUUCCUUCCCCGGGGAUUGUCGAGCUCGGAAAGCGGAACUGUGCCUCUGCCGUCUCAUUGUUCCGUGACCUGCCGUGGGGAGGAUGGGGCUCCUUUGGCGAGUCCUGAGGCCCGUUCUGCGGGUCUGUUCCUGGGUCCGUCUUGGCUAGAAGAAGAGCUCGCCUCCCGGGUCCCCAACGACGCUUGCGGGUCCGUCCACUUAUGGUGACCUGUGAUGCCUCGGGUUGCUGACUCCGACGUCCGCUUCUGCAGGACCAGCCCUGCCCACGACCUCCGCGCCCCGGGCCGGCUCUGCCCACCACCGCGGCACCCCCUGCAGUUAGCUCCGACCCGCUGUGCAGACAUGUCAAGGUAAGGGCAGGACUGUGAGAGAGGACGUUUCUGUUGUCUUCAGCCCCUGAUUUUGGGUCCCAGGAGCCCCAGGGACAGGAAGCACCCGCUGCCUCGGCCCCGGGCAUGCCCUGCGCCUCCCACAAGGGAAGAUGCUCCCUCUGCUUUGCCCUCUCCUGCUCUGAAGAGUUUAGAAUCAAAUGGAAAAGUCUUGUCAUUUUUCACGAUGCCACAUUUCCCGCAUUUAUCUUUUAAAAAGCGUCGUACGCGUCCAGUGAAUGUUCUAACAGCGGCGCUGUGAUGUGGUUACCGUUUACGCGGUCUGGAGAAAGCAUGUGCUUCCGUCCCAGCCUUGGGCGCACGGAGCCGGGUAUGCCCGCGCCCCAUUGUUUCCCAGCUCCGUCUCCCCUUCUCCUCUCUCCAGUCUCCGGCCACGCAUCCAUCUAUCAUCUCUCCUCCUCCUGUCUCCAGCCUUCUGAACUUGCUCGCGCUCACCUCGCACUGAAGGUGGUGAAGAACAUGGGGGGAUCAGUUAACAUGCAGGUGUGUUGCCUCCACGGUGCCCCACACCAGGCUCCUGGGAAACACGGAGAAAUCAGGUUGAUUUUCCAGUGUGCAUCCAGGUGUCUCUCAUCCUGUGGACACCCCGGCGUCUUCUCGGUCCUCCGGAGAAUCUGUCUGUCCAGGCGGAUGUGCCUUCCCUCUGUUCAUGUCUGCUCAGAUGCGGCUGAGCACAUCCACACAAAAGGGACAAGAGUGCUGCUUCUGUGGAACAAGCUUACGCAGACCUUCUUCCCACAGGACUGCCUGGGGUUGCCUAGCAAUCCGACAGCACUCUGCUCAGCAGACGCACGACUUGGAUGGAUUUUUCCUAUUUUUAAUUUGUUUUCUGGGUGGGUAUUAUUGUGCAGUCGUAGGCUGAGCUCAAAGGUACGGCGUGGGUCCCCCUCGAAACAAGUAGGUCCAGGGAGAUGGGGAAGAACCCCCCGGUCUUCGGAGGGGCCUCAGCAUCUGUUCUCAGAGGCUCUUGUCUCCAGCCAUCGCCCCGGUUGUGAAAGUUGGGUGGCACCUGGGGACCCUCUGUCCGCACUCCUCACACGUUCUGCAGGUCCCCUCGGCUCUCCAGAAGCAGCUGCGUUAUCAAGCAGAGUGGAGAGAGAAGUGUGUGCGAUGUGGACACGGGGCCCUGAGCUGCCUGGAUCUCCCCCUGACAUUUCCCGUCCACGUGGGAGGAUACAAGGCAUGAUUUGCAAGGGGUUCACCCUCUUCUCGAGAAGAUAAAUGUCAGAACUGAAAGCAAGCGGGUACUGGUACAGAGCUGCCACGCUCUUAAAUAAAAUAUCAAGUCUGGAAGUGUGUGUGUGUGACAUUGCAGGUGCACCUGCCUGCUCCCCUGCAUGUGAAAUAGGAGGGCGGCAUGGCGGGGCCGGGGCAGUCCUGCUUGCCUACUCAGAGGCUGGGGUCAAGGUCUGGGGCUGCCGCUCAGGCGCCCUGAGAGCCUGGCAGGGCCCCUGGCGGCUCUGAGCCUCAGUUUUCUCAACCAUAAUGGGGGGGACUGUUCACAAUGGCCUCUGAGCUGCUUCCAGUCGGAAAUGUCAUGAUGACGUCUGGGACAGGAAGCCAGGGAAGGGGUGAGGCGUGGAGGAAAAUACCGUGAACUGGAGAGUGAGGCUCAGGGAAAGCUGGCAUUUGGGAGGAAGUGAGGAUAGCAAAUGGGAAGGAGGAGGCAGGGUGGGCAUGAAAGUAUGCUGUCAUGCAGGAUCAGGAGAAAGUUUCCAGAAAGGGAGUGGAUAGCAGGGCCACCUGCCUUAAGUGAUUGAGUGCACGACUCCUAUCCCUGGAGACCCCAGGAGAGCCAUUCUGUGGGGUGCUGAGAGCAGGUGGGGACUGUCAUGGAUAAAGGCGAGAGGAAGGCGGGAGCCUUGGGCAGUGAGCAGUGUCUAGGGACGGGGCUCUCACAACAUGGUUGAGCCCCCACCUGCUUUCAGGCUGGCAGGCUAGGGCCCCCAGGGCAGUAGAGAUGGGAGGGGGGAGGCAUGAGAGGGCUGGACAGAGAAAGCGGGAGUGGAUUUGGAAGGAAAGGGGGAGGCGGGGAGGAAGUCUGAGCUUUCCCUUCCUUGUGAAAACCACGGUGCGGUCAUCUGCCAGGAGUAAAGGGAGACGCGUGGUGGCUCAGGUGUGCAGCUGGGCAGCCAGCUCCGCUGGCAUGGCAGUGCUGAGGCCACGCGUGGGAGGAAGGCCUCUGUCCCAGCUGUGACCAGAGGUGAGGGCUGGGCCGGCCCUGGCCUCCGUGUCUUCACUGGGUCAGUCAGUGGGGUUGGAGCAUCUGACAGCCGGUUUCAUGGUGAUCUAGAUUUCAUGGGGUUCGAGAGACCUUACAGAAUAUAUGCUUUUGCGUGUCUGCUCUGCAUGCACAGAUGUUAGUGGGUGGUUUCUCCCAUAUGCUCCCUCAGCCCCUGGGUGUCUGUCCCUACGGGGACAUCCUGAACACAGGCAGGCACCUGUCCAGUGUCCUACAGUGUGCUCAGACUUCAGCCCAAAGAGGAACCCGCAGUAGCCUACAGUGGCCAGCAGGCCUAGGCAGUGGUGGGAAAUGGAUGUUCCUAUGUAUCUCUAUGGAACGUAAAUAUUGGUGUGGAGAGGGGGAGAGAAGAGGGAGGGAGGCAGAGUCAUUCUUAACUAGGAAGUUAGGAUUGCAAUAAGUAGCCUUAGAAUUUACUCUGUUGGAUUAAAAGAUCAAACAAGGAAGCCCAAUAAUGGUGUAAAAUGUACUCUCCACCAGCACACCUGCUGGUCAUCUGUGGACUGAAGAUCGUGGGAGACUGAAAAGGAAAAAGAAGUGCCUUUCUAUCUUGUUUUCCUCCCACAUUUCACUGUGGACCAUCACCUACGUACGUGCAAGGUGAUUACUGCAAAGACCUAGCCACGGUGUCCUUUCUGCUGUGGCUGCUUCAGGCUGCUCGUCUUGGAUAGAGGGUCUGGGGGAAAGAAGACAAGGUGAAUAAUUUUGGGGUCACAGUCUAGCUGGCCUCAGACUGAGUUUAUAAGAGCUCUUUAUAGGGGAUCAGUGAACCCACUGGCCCCGAAUGGACCGUGGCAUCUGUUCUAGGAGGGCUUUCUGGGGAACGGAGGGCCCCCCCUCCCAGCUGGGACGUCUGGCAGGUCGUUGAGGGAGAAUAGGCUGAUCUGCAUUUUCUGUCCCUUAGCUCACUGUGGCCACCCUCCCGAUUCUAAGAGGACACAUGUGAGGGGUGAAACGAGUGUCUUCAGCUUACACUGAAGUGCAUGGAGGGGAGAACAGGAACCCCACCAGCACCUGGCCCAAGCAGGCCGGGAAGGUACAUGUUAGAACCUGGUCCAGGUUCAUCUGGUGUUAAAGGGGCCAGCACGAUGCCAGAGGCAUUCUGGUGAUGACAGCCCUGAACAGGUCUGUGUGUGGACAGUUAGACGUGUGCCCACCCCGCUGUAAUCUGACAGCUUCCCUCCCACGAUCUGCCUUCUUUCCCGUCCUGUGUACUCCCCUCCUCUGUCCCUCUCUUACUGGAUACACUGUUUCAUGCAUCCCUUGUCAUGUGCUUUCACUUUUUACUCCCUUGUUUUGUUGGAGCAAAUCCUCUAGUAGCUUCCUGAGAAAUGGCACAUGGAGACACAUGUUUUUGAACCCUUGCAUAUGCAGAUGUCUUUAUUUUAACCUCGCUUUUGUUAAUUUGGUUAAGUAGGGGAUUCUAGGCCAGGAGAGAUUUUCCUUUGAAGGCACCGCUCCCUGACCUCUCAGCCCUGGCCGUUGCUCUAGAGAGCACUAAAGCCCAUUCUCAUUGGGGCUCUUUCUUGUGGGACCUGGAAACUUGGGGGAAAUCUUCUUUGCCCCCAGUGCUUUGCAUAUCAGUAUAUCUUGCUGUGCUCAGUUUCCAUCCAUUGUGCUGAGAGCCAGGAAACGCGUUUGUGGGGAAGUUUGCCUGUUUGUUCCGUGUCCGUGAGUGUCUUCCUUCGAAGCAUCCCGCUCUUGGUGCGUGGAUGCAGGGUCUUCUCCGCUGUCUUUGCGGAUAUGGAAAGUGGCUGUUGAUGAUACCUUCUUCUCUGAGACUGUUUCCUCAGAGUUGCCCCCCGCCCCCGGCUGCCCUGCCCCGUGUUGUUUGGUGGCUCUUCUCUGAAAGGCUUUCCUCAUAUGUCUGGCAGUUUUGGGGUGUCUAUUCAUAUUUAGGGGUGGGGCCUGCAGGCCUGGCUGGAAGCUCUGAGGACUGGGUUGGCUUGUCCACUGGGGCUUUUCCCUAGAGGGAGAUUGGUCUGCUGUCUGCUGGGACACAGCAAGGUUAUAGCUCACCUGCAGGAGGAGGGAGGGAUUCUCCUAGGCCUUGCCUGUCGGGUAAGGUCCUCUGAGGGCUGAGUGGGGCUUUCAGCCAUUGGGGGGCAGGAAACCUUCGUGCAUGGAGUCCCUCUGGCCGCAGAACCCCUGCUCCGUUCUCCCCAGGGAACACCCCUCCAGGGUGUCUGGCCAUCGGUGAUCUGGAGCAGGCAGCCGGCGAGGAUCUGUGGGCUUCUUAAACAGACCUCACCUGCCCUGAGUUGCCUUCCGAUCUCCACAGGCCCCUGGCCCCCCCCUGGUUCGGAGCCUCAGAGGUUCUGUUUCUCAGCUUCCCUCUGCUGCGGGGUGAGGAGUCAGCAUGGCCGGGCCAGGCACCACUGGUCCAUUUGCUUCCCUCACAUCGUUCUUGUUGGCUUUCCUCCCGUUCUCCAGCUCCUUGGGCUUUGUAUCUUUUACAGAAUCUCUUUUCGGUAGUUUAGUGGGGUUUUUGAAGGGAGUGAAAUUAACUGUGGUCUCUUAUCCCUAAUUAUUAUUGCAAAGGACCAUUCCCAUCUUC